CAUAGGAAAAACAGCACAGAAACAGCCCCUUCAACCCACAAGGUAUGUGCCAAGAGUCAAAAGUGUCAUAGAUACAAGAAACAAAACAAUGAAGUUAUUCCUUGCUGCAGCUUUAUCGUAGCUGCAGUAAUACCAAAACCUUCACAUGCUUCCUGUAAUGGGACAAUCAGAACUGCAUGCAAUACUCCAAAUGUGGUCUAACUAAAGUUUUAUAAAGCUGCAACAUCGCUUUCUGACUCUUAUACUUAAUGCCGACUGAUGGCAGAGACAUGCAUGUCAUGUACCUUCUUAACCACUCUAUCUACUUGUGACCCUUACAGAAGCUGUUUAAAAACUUCAGGAGAUGGUUUUCAGGCUCCUGUACCUUCUUCCCAAUUACAACAUCGAGAUGAGAGUGUAGCAAGAGUAACGUUGGUAUUUAAUGAUAUUGGCCGCCCUUUUGAAGCAGCAUUUCCAGUAGAUUACUCUGAUGAUGUAAAAGUCAAUACUCAUGACAGACCGGGCAAUGUCCACCAUUCUCUGCAUCUGCCUUUGUUUCUGGGGAUUUGAGUUACUGAACCAGACUCUGUUGUAACUUAUCAGUGUAGCCUCUAUCAUACACCUGUAGAAGUUUGAUAGAGUAUUUGGCAACAUGCUGAAUGUCCUCAAUCUUCCAGGAGAGUAGAGGCAUUUUGGAGCUUUCUUUGUGACUGCAUCAAUGUACUGGGCUCCAGACGGCAUCGCUCUCAGGAUCUCUGGACCACACAAGCUUCUCCACCACGACGAGGAGACAAUCCACAGAGAAAAUGGCACCAUUCAACCUGAUUAACAAUCUCCCUCCUGUAUUCUCACUCAUCGUUACCCAUUAGUCAUCUGGCAGUACUGCAGUGCCAAUUCCAUAGGCAGAGUCAGUGGGCUGUGAGUUGAGGAUCAUUUGAGAAAGGAUGAUCCCUGUGGUGUGAUUGCACUCUGAUGGUGACUCGAGUUCACUACUUUCAAUGUCAGACUGGCUGGGUAUGGAGACCCAGAACAGAGUGAGUGAAUGAGGUCAAGGAUGAUGCUGCCUGAUGUUCUCUGACAAAAGAGUGACCAUAUGGUAUUGAAAGUUGCCCUUCAAAUCCGGUCUGUUUAUGUCAGCUGCCAGCACAACUACACCAAGUCAAAGUGCAAUCCCACAGCAUUCAGUGCAAUCAGAGACCCACAGAGAGGUAGGAAGGUGGAAAGAUCAAUUGGCAAGACUGCCGUGCUGUUGUGGAGGCCCUGCCAGGGAGAGCACUGCUAUUGCCUCUCAUACCUUGUAUGCCGUGCCCAUGAUGUACGGGCUGCUGUGUGAGAGUCUGCACAACUUCAUCAAGGAAUCAUAUGGAGAUGACGUGUGGAAGCUGGUGCGAGAGCGGGCUGACGUCCAGCUUCACUCUUUUGUUACUCACGAGGUCUACCAGGAGAGUGUCAUUCCGCGCAUUGCCAUGGCUGCUAGCGGCGUCACCGGCACCUCCUACAAUGAGCUGAUGAACUCCUGGGGUGUCUACUUCCUGGGAUUUGUGGGGAAGUAUGGAUAUGACCGGAUCCUGAAGGUUCUCGGCAGACAUGUGCGUGACUUUGUAAAUGGCUUAGAUAAUCUACAUGAGUACCUGCGCUUCAGUUAUCCCAAGGUCCAGCCCCCAACUUUCUUUUGCCAGGAGGAGUCGGCUACGGGAGUUACCCUUCAUUACAGGAGUAAACGGAAAGGUUAUCUUCAUUAUGCCAUGGGCCAACUGCAACAAAUGGGUAAACAGUUCUAUGACACGGAUAUUCACGUCGUGGUGCUGUCGGAGCAGUUAGUGGGUGAUUACUCGCACGUUAUCAUGAGGUUGAACUUUGAUAACUCGGCCUAUCGCUACAGUCAGAAGGAGGACACCGAUGACCAGGAGAUGCUGCCGUUCACCAGUGACUUCUUCUUCGAAGUCUUCCCAUUUAACAUUGUCUUCAGGCAGGCAAGUUUGUGUCUCCCUACUGUGGCACAGUCCGCGACGGUGUUUCCACUGUCUUUCCCCCAGGACAUGGUGGUCCACAACAUGGGCUCAGGCUUGGCCACCGUCUUCCCAGGCCUGGACGGCAAGCUGAUCACCGACACCUUCCUACUGGCCCGUCCCUUGGUCGAGUUUACGUGGAACAUGAUCAUAUCUCAUCCAAAUAACCUGUUUGAGAUCAUCUCCAAAGAACCCGUGAAAAGAGAGCGGAACCUCCAUAACCGAGUGCAGAAUGUUGAUUACGACAAUGCAAACCGUGCAGGAGAUGUCAGCAUAUUGCUCAUGGCCUUCCAGUCCGUAGUUGGAGAUGAUUAUGAAGAUGGACACAGUUUGAGCAGAGUGGAAGCUGGAGGAGAUGGCAGUUGCUGCCUUCGGUUGAAGGGGCAGAUGCGAUACAUGCCAGAAUGGGAGUCCAUCAUCUUCCUGGGAACUCCUGUCAUGGAGAGUCUGGGGGCCAUGUUUAAGACAGGAUUGUACAUCAAUGAUCUAAGUAUGCACGACUCCAGCCGUGACCUGGUCCUUGCUGGGACACAGCAGUCCGAGGAGUUAAAGCGAGCUCUGAUACAGGAACAGAAGAAGUCCAGCAAGCUGGAGGAGAGCAUGAAGAUGUUGGAUUAUGAGAUGAAGAAAACCAACGACCUCCUCUACAGGAUGAUCCCCAAGCCUGUGGCCAAAAUUCUGCGCAAAGGAGUCCCCUCAGUCAACACUUGUGAAGUAUUCCCUGAUGUUACCAUCCUCUUCAGCGAUGUGGUGGGCUUUACCCGGAUUUGCAGCCUCAUUACUCCAAUGCAAGUGGUAUCGAUGUUGAACACAAUGUACACACUGUUCGAUACGCUGAGCGAGAAGCACAGGGUGUUCAAGGUGGAGACAAUUGGAGAUGCAUACAUGGUGGUAGCAGGAGUACCGGAGAAAACCACGUUCCAUGCCCACAAUAUCUGUGACAUGGCUCUAGAUAUGGUACGGUCCAUGGACCACCUCAAGGAACCAUCCACGGGGAACAACAUCAAAAUCCGUGUUGGUGUUCAUUCGGGAAUGGUGGUGGCAGGAGUAGUGGGGCAUAAGAUGCCUCGCUUUGGGCUGUAUGGGGAUACUGUCCACUCAGCAUCAGCCAUGGAAAGCAAUGGCAAGGAAAUGCAUGUACAGUUGAGCAACGCUACGUACGAGCACCUUAUCGACAGCCCUUUCAUCUUCGAGCGACGUGGGAUAAUUACAAUUAAGGGGAAUGUGGAAAUCGAAACAUACUGGCUGAAAGGAAAGCGGGACAAGGAUGGCAAUGCACAGGCUGCCUGUCCACAGUUUGAUCAUCAGACAAUGAACACGACAAACGCGUCACCACAUGGUUCACCACGCAGUGACACAAAGACGGGCUGCUACAAAGAGUCUUUCUUGGAGAAAGUGCCAGAGGAUGUACCUGAAGCACUUGUGUGCCCUCAUUUGGUUCCUCCAAUGAGCCUGCCACUGUGUCCUCUUGCCGUGCCACAGAAUGGUGCAGCCUCCACCAGGUCACAAUUCUGCCUACUUGUCUGACUGUUCACAGACACCAUCCUUUGUGGGUCAUUGAGUGCACCUUUUGUUGGCAUGAUGUAGUUCUAUAUUACUAGCCUGCCAUUUCAUUGACUAUUUUGUGUCAUGCUAUUAGGUUUGAUAUACUCCGGAGACUUCCCUUCGUGUUCUAAUGGUAACACCUUGACUUUGUUGCUGUUAGUUCAGAGUUUUGGAAUAUUACUCAUGUGUGACUGUCUUUGAGAACACUUUGCCCUGUGCGACUGCAAGCUGGAUCGACAGCACGAUUUGCAAUCACACCCUUUCCCCCUCAGAUCAGGCCUUUCUUUAUUUUGAAUAAUAAAGUGAUUGA